UAUAUUGAAUUACGGAAAAUUACUCCGUAUUCUCAGGUUACGCUGGAUUGCAAAGACGAGCAGAACAAUCCAGUGACUAUGCAAAAGAAGGUGCAGAUCAUCACAAACUGUUCCUGCAGUUCCUGCAUGGAGACCUCGAAGAUCAAGCCCGACUACAACACCUUGCUACAGUCCCUGACGGAGGAGAAUUUGGACAAGAAUGUGAAUGUGGCGCACGAGACGCCCGAUUUGCUGCUGGAUCCGAACCUGAACGCAUCGAAGAAUACGACGAGAGAGUACAACGGUACGCAAACCAACGAGCGGUUCCACCAACUCGUCAAGAAACUGAAAGAAUCGCAGAAACAGGACGAACCGCGUAUGAAGGAAUUUUUCUCGAAGGACGGGGAGGAGGCCGACUUGGAAAAGUUAAAGGAGAUGAUUAAGAAGUACAGCCAGGAGAGCAAGGAGAGCCAGCACGAGCAUCAUCAUCAGCAUCAGCACGAGCACGAGCAUCAGCAUCAGCAUCAGCAGCAGCAGCAACA